CGAACAAGGGCUGUGAAAUGUUUCUUCCAACAGUCAUUCAGACAUCUGCAGAACCAAAUCAUACCACUUGAUGACGGCUUUGAUUCACCACCACAGUUCCCCGUCCGCAAACCGGAUACAGAGCGCAGAGUCUGCCUCCAUGCACCGGAGGUAACUAGCAGCAGAGCUGCGGCACUGGCGAAGGGGAUGUGUGGUCGAGAGCCCCUCUUUCCAGCGCGUCAGUGAGCGCUGACAACUCCAGGAUCGGGCGCCCUUCACUCCCCGGGGCUUGUCAUUGACCGGGGGGCAGCGUGGCUGGACUCGGGAGCGCAGCCGCCAAGGUGUCUGUCCCAUCUAACUGGCAGCAAAGCCAAGGAGCAGCUCACAUUGCCGGCGAGGUCUGACCAAUGUGCACCCAGCCCCCGGGCCUGCAGCGACCACAUUCAGAUGGAGACUCCCGCAGCGCUCACAUCGCCCCUCUCCCUCCAGCUCGCUCACGACAGGGGGCGGCAGCGGCUUGAUCCUGACCCCGGCGAGCUGCAGCACGGCCCGGUGCUCUCCAUCGACCAGAUCCGGGCCAUCCGAGCCAACAACGACUACGUGGAGCGCCCGGUGCUCAGCGGGCCCCCGAGGAGCAGUCCCUCCGGCGGCGGCGGCGGCGGCUCGGCCCACAAGUGGGAACGGCCUGGCGAGGCGAGCCUGAGCGGGGUGGCGGACCGCCGGGCCUCGGGGCCCCAGCAGCAGCUGAGCCGCUCCACCAGCACGGUCAGCUCGGCGUCCCGCAGCAGCAGCGCCUCGGAGCAGAGGCUGCUGCUCAGCCUGAGCGCGUCUCCCUCGGGCCAGGGGAUUAUCCGGGCGCAGCCCAAGGCGGACCUGAAAGCCGAGCUGAAGAAGGCUCCGGGCGGUCAGGACUGCAGCCAGCACUCGCUGCGGUGUGAGCAGUGCGGCAAGUGUAAGUGCAGCGAGUGCACGGCUCCCAGGACUCUGCCUUCGCGCUGGCUCUGUGAGGGGAGGUGUCUCUGCUCUUUUCAGAGCGCCCUGGAGUACGGCACGUGUGUGUGCUGUGUGAAGGGCCUCUUCUACCACUGCUCCAGCGACGACGAGGACAACUGCGCGGACAACCCGUGCUCCUGCAGCCAGGGCCACCGCUGUGCCCGCUGGACCGCCAUGGGGCUCAUCUCCCUGCUCAUGCCGUGCCUGUGGUGCUACCUGCCGGCGAAAGGCGGCCUCCGCCUGUGCCAGGGAUGCUACGACGGCGUCAAGCGGCCGGGCUGCCGGUGCAGGAACUCCAACACCGUGUGCAGGAAAUUUUCCAGUGCGCCUUGCACCAAAACCAUCGAGAAGCCUUUAUGACCGGGACGCUCUCGCUCACUCCGGUGACCGGUGUUAAAUAAAACCCUGUGGAAGUUCAGAAGGCACAUUCUCUUCAAGACAAACAAGCCAACAGAAAGCUUUCUGAGAGAGAGAGAGAAUCCGAGACCAGCCCAGGACAUGGACAGGACGAUGAUGAUGUGGGUCCUUGGGGUGGGGGAGAGGGGACAUGGGCAGAGGAUAGCUGCUCAACUCUCGGCUGGAUGUUUUGGAUAGAUCCCUUCCUGAAAAACGGAACAAAAGCCACACCUCCACCUGGAGUCUACAGGGGAAGGGGGGAAAAUGAACGAUCAAUCCUCUUCAUGUGUCGCACCUUUUUGUGGGAUCUUCCUUGUGUUCCUGAUCUAAACCCAGUCAGUUCCUCUGCCGGCCAAUGCCUGUGAUUCCGUUUGCCUGACCAGAGAGCUCUGGGAUCAAUCCACCUCCCAGCGCACACACUCCCCCAAGCAGGCCACACAGUGAGGAUACUUCCACCUGAGGAACUGAGGCUGGGACUUACCUAUACACCCCCACCCCCACCCGGCCCUCACCCCAACUCCUCCAGCACUGCCCAGCAUGGGGACUAGAGAGCAGCCAAUGGCCCACUCAGCUCAAGGGAAAACCAUGCAGUCUGCCCUUCACCAUAGACGUAUUCAAUAUUUAUUGCUUGGCUUGGAAAUGUGAUAUCGUCCACUGGAAAUAUAUUCUCCUCCUCAAUCACAAACAUCGUUAUUAUUUGCAUAUUUACAUAUUCGCGUAGUUCAGUUGUAUGUAGCCGCAAAUUUGAAACCGUUUUGAUGGGUUGGCUGUGGGGUUCAGAGGGUUCCUGAAGGUUGCGCGCGGUGUAGAUGUGAUGUUGGUGAAUCACUGGCUGUGUUCAGAUAGGGAGGACUCGUUUUCCGAUGUGUAGGAGCUACACAUGUCUUGGAAACUGAGCGUUUGAUGUGUUUCUCUGCAAUGGUUCUGAGGGCUGGGGGCGAUGACUGAAGCUGACCUCGCUCAGAAACUUCGGGUAAAAAAUGAGGUCUGCAGAUGCUGGAGAUCACAGUUGAAAAUGCGUUGCUGGUUAAAGCACAGCAGGU